AUGCCCGUCAUAGAGCGGUCUGCAGCUAUCCUGGAGCCCUGCAGCCUCCAAAAAACCCUUACGACGGUCCGCACCGCUCGACAGUUGCACGCAGCAUUCUGGCGUCAUGGAGCUGCCGAACUCGAACUUCUGAGCGCUGGACAGAUGCUCCCCGGCGAUCUACUCUCGACCACUUCAGAUGCAGGUCCAGGCAGGCCCGACGGGCCCAUGAUGGCUUCCAUUUUACCCUUUGACUUUCUCUAUCCUCAGAGUUCUGCGGGCCUUCGCCGACGGCUAUAUUCCAGUCCUAUUACGGGGGUGUGGGAACAAUCAGAACGUUUGAGGCGCCCUUAUGCGUCAGGCCGACUGGACGCCCGAGCCUACACCAACCACACAACCGAGUCGGACCCGAUUGAAGUGUAUGAGGAGGCACAGACAGGUGAUUCAGAAGCCUCAAGAGAUACCCAGAGCCGAAAACCGAAAGCAAAGAAAUCGGUAACGCAACCGGAGACAAAGUCCAACACAGACCAGGAACCGGCCGAAUACUAUCCGAUAAUAGCACAUGACCAGGCUAUUUUGGGUAAAAGUCCAUAUCGCGUCGACAAACGUCAUGUCGAACGAGCGUUGGCGGAGGAAAAUCGGACUGGUGUGUUGCCAGGCGCUUUCGAACAAGACCUCAGAUCAACCAAUUACGGCGCAAUAUCGAGACCUGCGAAACAUGGGACUGAAGCGGACAUGAAGGCUAGCUUGGACAACCUGGAUAAUCUUUGGAACUUAUUCCAAGAAUUUUCACGGAAAAAGCAGCGUAGAUGUGCACGUCCACUGCUUCGCAAUCUAUCGAUGUCUGAGAGACUCGCCGAUCAUUGGAGAAUCACCCAGAUCUUUCCUCUGAUCCGCAGCGAACUCUUUCAGGAGUCCACAGUUGACGACUACCGGGUAGCGGCCGAGGUGAGGGCGGUCAUCCGGGCAUAUUACGCCCUUGGAGAUAGUGAAACAGGCAUGGAAAUCUAUAAGUCCUGGAUAGGGAAGCCUGUUGGGUUUGGAUACCCAGCUGCCGAAAUAAUAAAAGCCGCAGACUGGCCACAGCUCGGAGUACUGUGGCAAGAUUAUCGGAACAAUAAGUACCAUCAUCAGAGGCGUCAAUUUUUAAAACCACUAGAUGAUUAUGGUUUGAACGGGCAGGAACGUGGUUGCCCAGACCUGGAGCUCGAACAGACUGAAGUGCAACACAUAUGUGCCAUUCCCGGUUUCAAGGAUAAAGUACUACAGUUGUUCGACCAUGUCUUUGACAAAAGUACGCCCGAAUUCGAGAGAUAUCAAUUGAUGUCGUUCUUGAUCCAAGCCACCCGAUGGGUUCUUCCGCAGCUCAAAUCUCGGGAUGCUUGCCGUAUGGUAUUAAGACUUGAGAACAUGACACUAGGUCAGGAAUUCAUAAGAUUGUGUGUCCAGAGGCGACAGCUGGCCCUGGCCACCAAAACCUACCUUGAGAUUCGCUCAUUACCUGGUCGGGGAAUCAUCGCUCCGGUACUCAAGCUGUUGAUCAGCGAUAUCUUUUUGCCACAAGAAGACGUACAAAAGAUGGAACUUGUCAUGCAGGACUGGCUCAAGCGGUACCCACGGCUUGACACCCAAGUCUUCAAGGCCUUUCUGUCACUGUACGCGGCGCGUGGCGAUGCUGUUUCUUUCAAGCGUAUAUACGAUAUGUUUGCCAGAGAAUUUCCCGAGCAGGAACACCAUGCUGUGUCUGACAUGCUCUUGCUCUACACACGCCGAGGUGACACAGCAAUGGUUCAGCAAACUUUCGACGAGAUUGAGUCGCGUUACAAGCUGAAACCCAGAAUCGGCCAUUGGAAUAUGCUUCUGAGCGCCUACAAGCGAGACCACAACCGUGCUCUAGAAGUUUUCGCGGACCUUUGCGACGCCGUCGAGCCGGACGAGAAAAGUUUUGGUAUUAUAAUCAGGAUCGUGGGCCGAAGAGGUGAACUACAGUUUGUGCAAGAGCUCCAUCAAAUAGCCCUUGACCGCGGUAUCAAAAUGACGCCGGGGAGUCGGGUGGGCUUGAUAGAUGCGCUCUGCCUCCACGACCGACUUGAUGUAGCCGAACAGAUCUGCAAAGAGGACAGCCUCCAAGCAAAGAGCAGCGAGACACGAUCCGAUGUUCGACUUCUUUGGAAUAGGCUUAUUAGACACUACGCAGUCAGGCGGGAUCUGGUGUCCUGUCACCGUAUCCUUAAUGAGAUGGGAGACAUGAAUGUCGGCUAUGACGCCGACACCUACUACUUCCUGUUGAUGGGCUUGUCAUACACUCGUCAAGUUCAUCACGGACUUCAUCUCAUUCGGGCGGCCCAGGUAGAUGGCUUCUUCAAGCCAACGGCGAAGCACUUUCUACUCCUGAUGGCAGGCUUUCUGAAAAACGGCGAGCUGCACAUGGUUGCCAAGGUCGACGAGCUUUUGACAAAUGCCGGCUUGCCGAAAUCGUCCAGCACCACGCUCAGGAAUAUCAUGGCAUUGAUGGAGGCAGAAAAGAAAGGGUUCAAAUCACCUGACGGGGAGGUGCUGUCUACCGACAACUUCCGUCAAGCUUUACGCACAUUCGCCGAUUUCCUGAGGGAACGCCAGUCUGCGACCCAAGAACAUGAACCCAACAUCUAUUCCGAAGAUCUGGGCAGGCUUCCAACUGACCUGUUUGCCGCGUUGAUCUUCUCUGCCGUAAUCAUCCGGAAAGACAAGUCCGCGGCCAACAAGCUCUUGCAGAUCUUCCGGAUCCAAGAAGGAGGCAAGAGGGAAACCAGCCAGUUCAGUGACGUUCGAAUGCUGGUUUCCGUCCUCAACUUUGAGGCCUUUCAACGCGAUUUUGAUGACGUUAUGGCAAUCUGGGAAACCAUAUUCGAGAUGGCCCGCGAGGCCGGCCGCUCGGCCGCUGCAGAUAUCUCCGCAGCCGACAACGCAUCCAGCCCGCGGCGCGCGUCGGGCCUGAUCGUGCCGGCGUGGAAAUUCGUGCUGUCCGACUCGCUCAAGACGAUGCAGCGUCUGAUCGAAGCUCGAGGCGACGCCUCGGCACUCAAGACGCUAUUCCAGCGCGUCCGCGCCGCAGGAUUCGAGCUGACGGGCCCCAACUGGAACCACUACAUCCAGGGUCUAGCGCGCUUGGGCGAGUGGCGCGAAGCCUUUACCCUCUGCGAGCGCGUGCUCAUGCCUCAGUGGAACGGCUGGGCUAUCACGGAGGGCCCCACGAAGAGUGUUAAGAAUAGGCUACCCCUUGAGGUGCGCCGCAUGGGAACCAGGCUCGACUACCGCCGGCCCAUCUCGUAUACCAUUAUCGAGCUGGCUCGACACUACGGCGACCUGAUCAACCUCGGACCCUGGUCCAGAGAGGCUGACGAGGUCCUCACUUCCAUCAGGGAAGAGUGCCCCGCCCUGAUUCGCGCAAUAAGCAAUUACCCCGGCUCCAUUAACCCUGCUCAGGCGAAGAUUCUUGACGGAACAAUUUUUGCGUGGCGACAGGCCGAAUGGAAGAAAAAGCAGGACGAUUUCAACGCCCAGAAACCUUCGGGUCCUGACCCGGAAGCAAGCGCCGUUGUGGACAGUCUUUUGCCCAAAGAGACAGCCGAGGACGACACCUCUGCGGGGCCCUUGGACGCCACCGCCAGUGCGAACGAGCCUGAUGCUGAGCCCGAGCCCGAACCGCUAGUCCGAUCCCAAGACGAUAUAAAUCUUUCUCGAGAGGAUUCUGUCGGCCCAACCGGAUCUGGUUAA